AGCUGUUACGCCCCUGGAGCAAACAGGGUUAAAGGUCUUGCUAAAAGGCAGAACUGGGAUUCGAACCCUCAACCUUUGGGUUCUAGCCCGAAGCUCCUCCCACUAGGCCACCACUGUCCCACUCUACACUAGAGGUUAAUGAUGCUGAGAGCAGCAGUGAUGAUGAUCAGCACCACUCUCAGCUACAUGCACACAUUGUGACAUCAUCAUGAUGACAUCACCACACUCCACACCUCUGGUAUAAGUUGCUGCGUUUCAUGUGUUUGUGCUCAUUUGAUCUGAGACGCCGAGACAGUAAGCAGCAUGAACAUGUUCUCCUGUUGGACUCUUCCAUCUGACCAAGACGAGCCGCACAGGCGGGUAAACGAACCGGAGAAGAAGGUAAAGAAGAGAAAAUGGUGGCAGAGACGCCAGAAGGUAGAGAUGCAGGACGUGGAGGGUGAGAAGGGAAACGGGGUAAAGGGUGAAGAGAUGGGGCAAGGAGUGGAGCAGAAGGUUUUAGAGGACCAGGUAGACCAAACACCAAAGAUGGAGAAGCAGGUGGUUCUGGGAAAAAACAAACCUGAGAAGAAAGUAAAGAAGAGAAAAUGGUGGCAGAGACGCCAGAAGGUGGAGAUGCAGGACGUGGAAGGUGAGAAGGGAAAUGGGGUAAAGGGUGAAGAGAUGGGGCAAGGAGUGGGGCAGAAGGUUUUAGAGGACCAGGCAGACCAAACACCAAAGAUGGAGAAGCAGGUGGUUCUGGGAAAAAACAAACCUGAGAAGGUAGAGAUGCAGGUGGCCCCACUGGAGCUGGUGAAAGAACCAGAACAGGUCGUUCUAAAGGACCAGAGGAGGAAACCAGUAGACAAGGUGGUUCUGGUUUUUGAGAUUGAGAUGAAGAAGUUAGAGCAGGUGGACCCAGUGGAGCAGGUGGACCCAGUGGAGCAGGUGGACCCAGUAGAGCAGGUGGACUCAGUGGAGCAGGUGGACCCAGUGGAGCAGGUGGACCCAGUAGAGCAGGUGGACUCAGUGGAGCAGGUGGACCCAGUGGAAAAACCUGACCAGGUCGUGAAAAGUGUAGAGAAACAGAUGGCCCCGCUGAACCUGGUUGAAGAACCAGAGCAGGUCAUCCUGAAGAACCAGUGGAUGGGACAUGUAAAAAAUAAGAUUCAUUGCAUAGAGAAUGAGAUAAAGAAGGCAGAGGGGCAGAUGGUCCAGCUGAACCUGGUGGAAGAACCAGAGCUGGUCAUCCUAAAGGACCAGGGGAAGGGACAGGUAAAAAAUAGGGUGUGUUUUAUACAGAAUGAGAUAAAGAAGGAGGAGAGGCAGGUGGACCCGCUAAACCUGGUGGAAGAACCAGAGCUGGUCAUCCUAAAGGACCAGGGGAAGGGACAGGUAAAAAAUAGGGUUAGUUUUAUAGAGUAUAAGCUAAAGAAGGAGGAGAGGCAGGUGGACCCAGUGAAUAAAAUAGACCAGUUCGUGAAGAAGGAGGAGAGGCAGGUGGCCCCGCUGAACCUGGUGGAAGAACCAGACCAGGACAUGAAGAAGGAUCCAGCAGCUUUGGAGGACAAAAUAUGGAAACUGAAAGAGCAGAACCUGGAUAGAAGAUGCACUGAAGAUCCACUGAAGAACGUCUCAGAGGUGUCUUCAAACAAACCAGACCCCCAGCAGCUGCAGGACGACGUUCUUGUUCUCAUCGUCGAAGCCCAACCUGAAGAGUCCGGGGCUCUGAUGGAGAGCGCGUGUGAAGAUAAAGGUGUCCCGAUGCCGAAGUCGAGGAGAACCAGCCUGAGAACCAAACGGUUCCAGUUCUUCAACGUCUGAAGCUGAGGUGGUGACGGUCCGGAGAUCAUCCAAUCACACGCCGACUUUUCCAACAUCAAAAUAACAAUAAAGUGCCUUCAUGAA